AUGCUGGCGUUCCUGCUGUGCUUCAUGCCAUACCACAUCCAGCGCUCCGUCCACCUCAGCUUCCUGUCCCAAACUUCCACUUCCUGUUCGGAGCUGGUGUACAUGCAGAAGAGUGUGGUGGUGACGCUCUGUCUGGCUGCCUCCAACUCCUGCUUCGACCCGCUGCUCUACUUCUUCUCUGGAGAGGGCUUCAGACGACGCCUAUCAAGCUUCAGGUCCACUAUCAGGAGACAACCGCAGAGACAGGGGGUACAGCCACCGCUGGGGAGAGGAACAAAGAGAGAGAGAGAACCGGCCCUACCCAGCACAGCUGAGACAGGGGGCAUAUCCACCACUGGGGAGGGGAACAAGCUGUAG